AUGGCCGCAUAUCCGGGUUACGGAGGUGGAGGCUACGGCGGCACUCAGCAACCUCAUUACCAGACCAACUAUUACAGACCGUCACCUCAACAGCAUCAGGCGCAGGCUUAUGGCGGCUAUCCGCCCCAAGGCCAACCUUCCCCGCAAUCGAGUCACGACUACCAGCAACCUCCACCCCAACAGUUCGCAUAUCAGCAUUACGGCCCACCGCAGCCCCAGCAAUAUAUCGGCCAGUACAGUCAAGCGUCUCCGCAGCUGGGCUACACAGCAAGACCUUCGCAGAGCCCUGGGCACCCCCAACAACACGCCGGAUACUGCCCUCGGCCAGCUACCGGGCUACCUCCUCCGCCGCCUUCUGGUUUGCAGCAUUUCGGAGGCGGCGCUCCCCAGGGAUAUGCGUUUCAGUACUCAAACUGCACCGGCCGCAGAAAGGCUCUGCUUAUCGGCAUCAACUAUUUUGGUCAGCGCGGUCAACUGCGCGGGUGCAUCAACGACGUCCGAAACAUGACUGCAUACCUGGCGGAACAUUUCGGAUACAGACGAGAAGACAUGGUCAUCUUGACAGACGACCAGCAAAAUCCCAUGAGCCAGCCGACAAAGCAAAACAUCCUGCGCGCCAUGCACUGGCUGGUCAAGGAUGCCCGCCCAAACGACUCUCUAUUCUUCCACUAUUCCGGACAUGGAGGCCAAACCAAAGACCUAGAUGGCGACGAGGCAGAUGGAUAUGACGAAGUCAUUUACCCCGUCGACUUCCGACAAACAGGCCACAUCACCGACGACGAGAUGCACCGGAUCAUGGUCAGGCCCCUGCAGGCUGGCGUCAGGUUGACGGCGAUUUUCGACUCGUGUCAUUCCGGAACCGCCCUCGACCUGCCUUACAUCUACUCCACUCAAGGCAUCCUGAAGGAGCCAAACCUCGCCAAAGAGGCUGGUCAAGGCCUCCUCAGCGUCAUUUCCUCAUACAGCCAGGGCGAUCUCGGUGGUGUUGCCAGCAACAUCAUGAGCUUUUUCAAGAAGGCCACCAGCGGUGAAGAUGCCUAUGCGCGCACUCUUGCCACCAAAACGUCUCCAGCCGAUGUCAUCAUGCUGUCUGGUAGCAAAGACGACCAAACCUCAGCCGAUGCCACCAUUGCAUCCCAAGCCACGGGGGCCAUGUCAUGGGCGUUCAUGACGGCCCUCAAGAAAAACCCCCAGCAGAGCUACGUGCAACUGUUGAACAGCAUCAGAGACGAACUAGCUACUAAAUACACGCAAAAGCCGCAGCUUUCGAGCAGCCACCCGCUGAAUACGAAUCUGCUUUUUGUCAUGUAA